UACUACCUACUCUCAGACAAGGAGUCAAGGCCAGACGCCAGCCAGCGCACAUGGAUGCAGUGCAAGGUUGGCCUGUUCUACGCUCCCGUGCUCUGUGCUCUCUUUGCUUUCCUCUCUAGCUAUAUUAAUCCUCACUACUACUCGGGCUGUUCUUCGCUAGUCACAAAGGAAGUUCGAACUCUCUGCUCUGGCGGCUUUCAACUUGAUCAGCCACUGGCUCUGGCUUUGUUUGUGCGCGUCGGGAGGGAAUGGAUGCACUUUCAUUGGCGCCGUCUUCCAGCUGCACACCCACCUGUAUGUAGGUAACAGUAACAACAGUUUUCCUGUUCUUGUGCCUGCAGUGGGGCCAAGCCGCAGCUGUCUUAUCAAAUCACCGGGCAUUGUCGCCGUGUUCGCGUUGGCGUCGUGGACGGUCGCGGUCGGGUCGGACGUUCGAGUGGAGGUCUUGCACGUCAAACGCGAUAUUCUAGAUGACUAUCAUGAUAAUGCGGGGUAUCCAGAAUCCAUUAUCUAGAAUAGUGUACCACGAAAUGUACAUUUCACCACCGGCUUUGCUUGAGGGUUGGUAGAAGUGGGUAGAGCUUGGGUAGCGAUAAGCGAUGCACGAUGUAUGAUGCCUCAGGCUAGACAAAUGGGACCCGGAUGCCGGUCAGAUUUCUG